AGCUUAUGGGCCUCGUCUUUUCGGUUACACAUAGAUACAGCCUGCAGCACCACUUCGUUAUCCGGCUCCCCACCUGCACACACACAGAUGGACCGCCCUGCCUACACGAGGAAACGCUCCUCCAACCCAGCGUCGCCGCUGUUGGUCGCCCGACGGGCCACGGCAGCCUCCGGCGCCUCCUCGUCAUCCUCAGGGGCCAUCCCGAUGCGGCCCAGAAGUAACAGCAGAAACAGGAGCAGGAGCAGAACAAGAAGAGCGUCCGGCGCCUCCUCCACCACGACAGACACGGGCCCCAGCCUGCUGUCUCCCGCAACCGCCGCCCAUGAGGUGGCGCACCACCACCCCCACAGCCACCACAGUCACACGUCUGUGAGCCGAGCCGGCAGCGUGGUCUCUCUGGACAACGUCCUCAACGUCAACCUCGACAACUCUCUCCCGCUAGACUACUUCAAACAGGACAUUCUCUCCGUAUUGAAGGCGCUCCGUAUCCCCAAAUGGCGGAAAAUCAGCAAGUCUAACUACAAGGCCAUCCACUUGGACAGAAUCAGCGGCGCAAUGACCAAUUGCGUCUACAAGAUGACCUACCACAGCUACUACCCGCUUCUCCUGAGGAUCUACGGAGACGUGGAAAACAUUAUCGACCGGAACUCAGAACUCCUGACCUUAAUCAGGCUUUCGAGGAAAAACAUCGGCCCGAAGCUCUUGGGCUGUUUCAACAACGGGAGGUUCGAGGAGUUCUUGAACAACUCCAUCACCCUUAACAAGUCCCAGCUCAGAGACCCGAAGAUCAGCAGAAUGAUAGCCAGAAGAAUGAAGGAGUUCCACUACGGCGUCAAUCUCAAUUACGACGAGUACAACUCAGGUCCGAAAGCCUGGCUGCUAAUUGAGAGGUGGAUAUCCGUUGUCGAUAAAUUGAUUGAAAACUCCUCUGCUGAAGACCAGAAAAAUGUCUUUAUCCUGAACUGGGCCGACUCUAAAAAGUUGAUCAUAAGCUAUAGAGACUACCUAUAUUCAACCUACGGAAACGUGGAGAAUUUGAAAGAGUCCCUCAGGUUUUGUCACAAUGAUACCCAAUACGGCAACCUCUUAUUUUACAGCAACGAAAUUACAAGUCUAUCUUUGUCGAACCAAAUGGAUCAGCUCUCGUUAAAGCAUCACCCAACCGCAAUGUCUUUGUCUGACUCAAUCAACAAAGACACACCUCUCCCCAUUGUCACAGACACCAACUUCAAGUACGAUACAAGAUUGACAGUCAUUGACUUCGAGUACGCAGGUCAGAACCCUCCCGCCUACGAUAUCACAAACCAUUUUUCAGAAUGGAUGUACGACUACCAUGACCCGCAGUUCAACUACAAAACCGAUGAAUCAAAGUAUCCCUCUGUCGAAGAAAGGAUCAACUAUUUGAACUCAUAUGCACAGUAUUUGGCAGAUCUUCCACCGAGCGUCACUCACUUGUACAAUGAAACAAUUUACUGGCGUUCAACUUCUUCAAUAUUUUGGGCAUUGUGGGCAAUCAUCAGUAGAGGGUCAAUUGACACAGCAAGUAACGAACACAUUAACAACAACAACAACAACAAUGCCGGUAAAAGUAACAGCUUGGAUUUCAAAACACCAAAAUUCGAGAUAGGUCCGAAUGGAGAACAGUACAAGAUUAUCGUUGACGAGAUCGAAACGAUGAACGAAAAUGAAAGUGGCAGUGACGAUGAAUUCCUAAAGCCUACUUUGGAUGACGAGUUUGAUCACCAAAAAUAUGCAUUGGGUAAGAUAGGGAUCUUCAUCGGAGAUAUGAUCCAGUUCGGAUUACUGAAGAAGGAAGCAAUAGACACAGACAGGUUGAAGGACAUAAAGUUCUUAGAUACUGAGCUGCUGCCUCUUACGGAUGCAUGA